AUGCUUGAUGGGUCAAGCCCCCAGGCUGGCAAAAUUUGGAAGAAGGCUAAUCUAACCUUCUCCUUUGAUGGCAAACGUAUGACCAAGACUUUCCUAAUUUGCAACACAGGGUCUCACGCCGCCAUCUUGGGAUUGAAAUGGUUGGAUGCCCACAAUCCAGAGAUUGAUUGGAACCAACAUACCCUCUCCUUUCCCCAUGCGCCACCAGAACAGGUAGCCAUUGCUGAGGAGGAGGAAGCUGAUCAAAAUCCCCUUGAAGGAGUUCCCUCCAAAUACCAUCAAUACGCCAAGGUAUUUGGAGAGGAAGAAUUCAAUAAGCUUCCUCCCCACUGGCAUUACAACAUUGGGAUUGAAUUAACAGAAGAAGGCCCCUUGAACUCUCCACUAUACAGCAUGACUGACGCCAAAUCUGCUACACUCAAGGAUUGGCUCAGGGAUGAGCUCAAGGCAGGCAAGAUCCGUCCCAGCAAGUCUUCUAUUAGCUCACCGGUAAUGUUUGUGCCCAAAAAGGAUGGUUCCCGCCAAUUAGUUGUUGACUACUGCCGCUUGAAUAACUGGACCAAGAAAAACGUCUACCCAUUACCCCACCCAGAUGACCUCAUGGCCCAGCUCCGCAGUGCCAAGGAAGGGGAUGAAUGGAAGACCGCCUUCCGCACCAAGUAUGGUCUAUACAAAUCCCUGGUCAUGACCUUUGGCCUGACAAAUGCCCCCGCCACUUUCCAGCACUUCAUGAAUGAACUGUUCAAGGACUUAUUGGAUGUAUGCAUCAUCAUUUACCUUGAUGACAUCCUAAUUUACUCUAAGGAUGACGCAUCUCACACACAACACGUUCAUGAGGUCCUGAAACAGUUAAUGCAUAACCAAUUGUUCUGCAAGGCGUCAAAAUGUACCUUCCACGUCACCUCAGUGGAGUACCUAGGGAUCAUUGUCUUGGAUAAGGGUUUUAGUCUGGAUAAGCUCAAAAUCCAGGCAGUACAAGAAUGGCCGGUACCCACCAAAGUAAAAGAAGUCCAAUUGUUCCUAGGGUUUGCCAACUUCCUUUGUUGUUUUGUUGCCAACUUUAGCCACAUGGCUAGGCCAUUACACAACCUAGUCAAGAAAGACACGCCUUGGAAAUGGGACAUCAAGGAACAAGAAGCCUUCCAGGGAUUAAAGGACGCCAUCACCAACGCCCUAGUCCUUUGCCACGCUGACCCGUCCAAACCUUAUUUCCUGGAAACAGAUGCCUCUGGCGCAGCUCUAGGUUCCAUACUUAGUCAACAACAGGAAGACGGCCGCUUGCAUCCACUAGGGUUCCUAUCAGAGUCUUUCAAAGGUGCCAAACAGAACUACAACACCCACAAUAAGGAACUUCUUGCAAUCAUCUGUUCCUUUGAGUACUGGCGCAUCUUCCUAGAAGGAACUAGGCACCCAAUCACAGUGUUUACCAACCACCGCAACCUGGAGUACUGGAAGGAAUACCACACAUUCAACCAACGCCAUGCACAAUGGCACUUACUCCUUGCCGGGUACAACUUCCAAAUUGUAUACAGACCAGGAAAACAAUUGGGGAAGCCAGAUGCCUUGUCACGUCAAUUGGAUCAUGCAGAUAUUCCGCCAGAACCCCAGUCCAUGUUGCCAGACCUGGUAUUUGCCAAUGUUGCCUUAGUUACACCAGAGAAGGAGCUACAACGCCAGAUUGAGUCAUCCCUGGACCAAGACAAGUCCCUGGAGGAAAUCCUCCAAUUCCUACAGAACAAGUCCAAAGCACCCCCCUCCAUCAAAUGCGCAUUUAAAGAUUACAAGAUGGAGGCAGGACUACUCUUCUACCAAGGACGGAUUGUAGUCCCUGACAUUGGAACACUAAGGACGGACCUACUCCGCAUCUUCCACAACAGCCCCUUGGCAGGACACCCGGGAAGACAGCGCACUCUAGAGUUGAUAUCAAGGAAUUACUACUGGCCUGGCAUCCAUGCCAACACGUAUUGGCAUGUGGACUCCUGUGAGAUAUGUCAACAGAUCAGGAAGCCUAAGUACGCGUCUAUCCCACCUCAGCCUCUUGAACUCCCCGCUAGACCCUGGCAGCAUGUGUCUUACAACAUGAUAGUAGACCUCCCUAAGGAUGGAAGCAGCAACUCAAUCCUAGUAAUUGUUGAUAGUUUCACAAAGUACAGGAUAUUUGUAAAAUGUUCCAAGAAACUCAAGGCACCCAAGUUAGCAGAGCUAUUCCUGGAAAACGUAUGGAAGCGCCAUGGCAUGCCAGAGAAGACCAUAUCCAACAGAGGAAGGGUCUUCAACAACAAGUUCUUAUGGGCCCUAUACAAACGUCUUGGUAUUGACCCUCACUUCUCCUCCGCCUACCAUCCCCAGAGCAAUGGGCAAACAGAACGCAUCAACCCCUCCAUUGAACACUUCCUCAGGGCUUAUUCAGGGGUUAACCAAAGGGACUGGACCAAAUGGCUUCCAAUGGCAGAGUUUGUGUACAACAAUGCCAUACAUAGCAGCACAGGCAAAACCCCUUUCAAGGCCUUGUACGGAUAG